GUAUCACCAGCCUCCACUGUCUGCAGCCCUGUGGUCUCACCACAGGGCUUAAAAGCGGAAGUCUUUUUUGAACAAAUAUUAGGGCACAUUGUCUUUCACAUCUCAUAAGCCAGAUCAUCCACAGAGGAACUAAUUUCUUUUCAGAAGACAGAAUGAAUAAAACCUCCUGUAUUCGCGUCAACUUUGACUUUGAACACAGAUUCCUGCCUCCUGUUUACAUCUUAGUCUUCAUCAUCGGUCUGCUAGCUAAUGGAUGGGGAUUGAAGUCUUUGCUGCAGAAUUGGAAGAAACUAAAGAGCAUCAAUGUUUUUGUACUCAACCUCGGACUUGCUGAUUUUUUGUACCUGCUCACACUCCCCUUUUUGGUGGUGUACUACUUUAUGAAGAGCAAGUGGAUCUUUGGAGACGCAUUCUGCAAGAUAACAAGAUUCUGUUUCAACCUGAAUUUAUAUGGCAGCAUCGGGUUCCUUACUUGUAUAAGUGUGUACAGGUACCUGGCUAUUGUCCAUCCAGUGAGAGUGAUGGGAAGAAUAACUGUCACUCACUCUGUGGGGAUCUCAGUCAUGGUUUGGUUCUUGGUGAGUGUUCAAAGUCUUCCAGACAUGUUCUACAGGAAAACAUUUGGAAACAAGCCUGGGAAAUGUUAUGAUACUACCCAUAAGAGAUAUGUGGAUGAUUACAUUAAAUACAGCCUUGGAUGGACAUUUACUGGGUUUUGUAUCCCAUUGCUCAUCACACUGGGCUGCUAUGGACAUGUGAUUGUCGUUCUCUGCCGCACAAAUACCACUCACAAGGUACUGAAACAGAGAUGUUUGAAGUUGUUGUUCACCGUGAUUCUUCUCUUCUCUGUUUGUUACAUCCCCUAUCAUGUACUGAAGAUCUUCAACCUCUGGUCAAGAGUUCUGGAAAAACAGAAUAUAUGCCGUGAAUGGUCUAAUGGAGUCUACAUUGCUCAUCAGAUAAGUCGUGGCCUUGUGUGUCUGAACAGUGCUCUCAACCCUCUGGUUUACCUCCAUGGAAAUGAAGAUAUUCCUGCUCAGCUCAGACAGCUGCUCCAGCAAGCUCGUCAGAUGUUCAGCUGUGUGCCUGUGUCUCAAACUGCAGAUGAAAUUCAACAAGAGUUGGGUUUUUAACAUGAACUGUUAUAGUAAUAAAUCUAUAGCUAUCAUCACAACUAGUAGUGUGAAUUGAUUAUAGGAGGUGUAGAAAUUAAUCAAAUAAUUCUUGCAUCGAAUUGUGGACAUGGACAAUGCUGCAUCGAUAAUCAGCUGGGCCAUAAUCGAGUAUUUCUGUUUACAAUUUAAUGUAUGCCUAACAACAUUUCUGUUCACAUAUUAUGUUAUGUUUUGCACAUUCAGGAAGUGCUAUGUGCUCAGUGCUGUAGUUGUAUGUAUCCAAUGUAUUUAGCAUUAGCACUGCAGAAUGUUUAUUUUUUUUUAAG